GCUCAGCGUUGAAAAAUAGACAAUUUCCACAGUGUGCUAUUAGGAUUAUGAUAAUGGUAUAACAUUGUGCAGUAGCAACUUCUUUAGCGCUGUAUUCUGUUCAAGAAUAUGAGAGUACUAACAGACGCAACAUGUAUUCGGGUACUCAACAGCGAAAAAAUUAUUGUCGGAAUUGGAAAUGAGUUGAUGCUUAUGGUACGAAACAACGAUGCAACACAGUGGUUAUCAGCCUCGUUACCACGUUUUAGUAAUAAGAUACAUGGAAUUGAUUUCCGAAAAAUCGAGUCAAAUGCGAUGACGUAUUGGUUGAUUGCAUUUCACGCAGGUAGAGAUGCAUAUUCACUUCGCUUGAAUGAGGACAACACAUUCUCCGCUCCUCAGCUGAUUCAAACUUAUAAUCCCUUGUCGUAUCUAUUGUUCUAUCCGAGCGAUAGAAGUCUUUUCGUUCAUUCAAUUCGUCGACUGAACGAUUGGAUAAGUGCAUUAAAAUUUAUUGACGAUUCAUCUAUCUGUCUCAUCACCGGGCAUGGGGUGGCUGUUCAUCUGAUGCUGAUCGACCUUAACUGGUCCAUUUUUGACAUUUGCCCAUGCCAGGACAGCUCAACACUUUAUUGCUCGCAAAUAUUCGGAACUAGUUGGAACGAUUUAUUAUGCUUCAGCGGAACAGCACUAGGCUUGCUAGUUAUCUGGCGUCCAGCUGGUCCCCUGAAAGGCAGUAUCCUUUACCAGGUGAAAGCACACAACGGAGUAAUAUUUUCCAUAGAAUACAGCAUAGAACGAAACUUUCUGAUAACGACCUCCGAUGAUAGAUCCGUAAAGUUUUGGACGUUGAACUCGCGCGACGGUUUACAGAUAGAGCUGAAAGAGAAUGGUUAUUGCUUUGGUCAUACAGCCAGGGUUUUCCAAUGCAAAAUUAUCUGCAAACUGGACUCAUUGUGGGUUGUUUCUGUUGGAGAAGAUUCAAACAUUUGCCUCUGGGAUGAGCUUGGCAAUAUUGUGACCAAAAAACGUGUUGAGAAUGGUGCGACUUUGUGGAACUUGGAUUAUGACGAGGCGACGGAAACGAUUUUCGCGUGUGCAAGUAAUGGAAACGUAUCGAAAUUUGGAUUGAGGAAUUUUUUGCUGGUCGAUCGAGGGAAACAAGAAAUGAGUGAUGUAUCUCCUUUGCUACUACAAGAUCAUUUGUCGAAGGUGAAAUUCAUUUCGGAUGAUUUACUAGUAGCGGUAACUAAUCGCAAUCGGGUCAUCUUACUGAAUGGUUGCACACAUUACGGUGUUAUUGACCAACUAGAAAAUUUCAAGUGCAGCAUUUUGGAAGCGUGUAAAGAUCGGAUCUUUAUCGCUGGCGAUAAAUUCAUCAAUAUUUAUGCGAGAAAUGCUGACGACAGUUUUGUUUUACAAAAAAGCACCGAAAUCGAUUUUAAUCAGGGGGUGUUUAACACUGGAGAACAUCCGAAAUAUGCAAUUAUACGUUCCCUGCAUUUUAGUUGGGAUUCCGAUGUAAUUCUCUGUGACAAUAAUGGAAGAUGCUUAGUUUACGACCUGAAUGUGGAUCAGCUCAAAUAUUGCUAUCGAUUACCGCAAUCCAACGAAAGAUGGCUCACGUCGGUGUUCAAAAUAGACCAACAUUUACUGCUAGCAGAUCGUAGCGGAAAUCUUCACUUGUACAAUGAUCAGCAGGUGGAUCCUGUCUUUAAACUGCCACAACUUCAUGGAAAGCUGGGAAUCACCGAAAUAUGUUUGGAACGGAAGUCUCCAGAUGGAUAUUUCUUGAUCACCUCCGGUCACGAUAGUCACCUUAGGUCGAUUUUUAUCAAUGCGAGUAAAAAAAUCAUUGAAGCUUAUGGAUCUACUAAAAUGCCAAUAAGUUGGAUUGAUAGAAUGGACAGCGAAGGGGAAAUAGUUAUGGGUUUCAAUGAUUCACAUUUUACGAUUUGCAAUAAGAACCAGGAAAUGCUUUUUCAAAAAGAUUGUGGAGGAGGCCAUCGUUAUUGGGAUUGCUACCGGAUGAAGGAUGGUAGAUAUCGGUUUGUUUAUAUUCAACACAAACGUUUAAAAGAAAUAACGUUUCUUCUGGACGCAUCUGAGAACCAGAUUAAAGUUCCUAGGCUGGACUGGCAUACAAAGUCCUGCAAUACAGUACACAUAGUAAGAAAGAAAGAAAGUAAUAUUUUUAUAUCUGGAGGGGAAGACAACAUUUUAAGGAUUAACCGCCUGCAACCGAAUGCUAAUGGAUUACAAGAUCUUCCUAAACGGGAAUUAUAUAGCCACAUUUCAAGCAUUAAGACGAUUUUCUGCUGCAAACCAUCUCCGGAUGGCAACAUUAUUGUUCUGUCAGCCGGCGGACGCGCCCAACUUUGCCUUACCACACUGGAUCCGGCUACACUGAGAACCAAGGACGAGCUCUCGUACAUGCUGCAGAUGAGCGAUUCCCAGCGGUCCAGAUGGCGAACCGAUCGGACUGCUUCACUCGAUCCGGAAACACGUUUCAUGUGCGUCACUUUUGUGGAAGCCACAUCUACGCUUUACAUGGGAUGUUCCGAUGGUUUCCUCAGAGUAUUCACACUUUCGAGACCCCGAGAGGGUUACAAUGUUAACUUGCUGAACGAAUUUUACUAUGGGCGAUGUUUUCUCCAUAUCGCCGACUUGAAUAUUGAAGGCAGCUCGAUUAUUGUUUCGAUGGCUACCGACGGUAUGAUUUGCUUCUGGGAUGCACAGACUAUGACCGCUCCUUUUUAUAAAUUGAAACAUCACGCUAGUGGUAUAAAUAGUUUCGAUGUAAAACCCACCGAUAGCGAUGGACGAUUUUUGAUUGCAACCGGCGGCGAUGAUCAAGCGGUGGCUGUUACUGAAUUCAGUAUCAACCGAGUACAAAAUGGUGGUUUUUGUAUCAAGAUCCUCCGAACCCGAAUCGAACAAGGCGUUCAUCAAGCUCAAGUAACAGGAAUUCGGCUUGCUGGCAGCGGCAUGUUAUGGAGUACGAGCGUUGAUCAGAUGGUGUAUUUACUGAAUUAUGGAAAGUUCAAAGAAAUCGUUGUUAUCAAACAAUUCCGGACAUGCAUCUCGGAUGUUAAGGGUCUCGAGUUGUUGAAUGACGGCAGGGAAUUAUUCAUCUAUGGCUGUGGGUUCGAGUUCCUCUGUGUUCACGUUUAAUGCUUGAAUUAUACCAAAAUAAAUAGUUGGUGAAAUAUA